CUCCGGAGGUCUACAAUAUGAAGAAUAGAAGAAGAGGCCUCGCCCUCAUCUUUAACUACGAGCAGUUUGAUCCUGACCUGCAGAUGAAUCCAAGGUUUGGAAGUAACACUGACUGCACAAACUUGGAGAGAAGUCUGAAGGGUCUUGGCUUUGAUGUGAGGGUCUUCAAAGAUUAUAAAAAAAGUGAAGUUAAUUCUGAACUUGAUAAAGCUACAAAGGAAGAUCAUUCGAAUGCAGACUGUUUAUUAGUUGUCUAUAUGAGUUAUGGUACUCGGGAUAAAGAUAAUGUUUAUGCCUAUGAUGGAAAACUCCCCAUGAAAACCAUCACAGACAAGUUCAAAGGAACUGAGUGCAAAACUCUUGUGAGAAAAUCCAAAAUCUUUAUCUGGCAGGUUUGUUGUGAAAAUGAGGAGGAAGCUCAUGAUGCCAUGAUGAAAAGGAAAACUUUGGCAGGUCCUGCAUCUGUAAAAACCAUCCCUGCUGCAGCUGAUUUCAUAAUGUGUUAUGCUGUGGCUAAAGGCAGCUUUUCCCAUCGGCACAUUGAAAAAGGCUCAUGGUACAUCCAGGAUCUGUGUACCAUACUUGAGAAGUACGGGAAUUCACUUGAAUUCACACGAUUACUGACCCUUGUCAACAGAGAGGUGGCUAAAAGGGAGGACAGGACAAUAACAAACCAAGGCAUUAAAACGAAGCAAAUACCCUGCUUUGCUUCGAUGCUCACCAAGAAACUGUACUUCCAAACAAAAUAGUAACAGUUUCCUCAACCACUAAAUGGGAGGAUUGAUUUGAUGGUUCCUUAGAAAAUUUGGUGUGUUAUAAAAGAUUUAUAUGAUUUCUGCGGAUCUACUAUUCUUUUACUUAAUAAUGAUCAGUUCAACUAUUUGUAUUGAGUCACCAGCCAUAUUUAUGAGAUCUUAUUCUAAAUUGUCAACCGCGAUCCUUCACACUAUUACUGAUGAUGAAACAACAAACUGACACAAACAUCAUAAAGUCAUGUGUGAUCAUGUAGUAGCUAAGCAUAUCACUGGGAUUUUUACCAGAUAGAAAGUGAUUUGUGUGAAUUUAACGUCUACAUACAUAAAAUAUAUCAAUGUGCAGUUUAAAGGUUUAUUUUUCUAACUUUGAAUAGGUUUUUGCUAAAAGAACGAAAUAGUUAUUACCUAGAUUCAUGUGGUUUUGCGUUUAUGGCCACUGGCACUGUUUGGGUGUUUUUAUAUGUCAGACCUUCAUUCUCAUUCCCUUGACUGGACUCUAGCUUUGUUUAAUGGGUGUGUUCAAUAAAGAUAUAAUUAAAGAUAAAAAAAAACUGGGGAUUUCACUUUGUCCUUGUGACACAUUUUUGGUCUUCCAUUUGUUUUUGGCCUUUGGGUUGUUUUCCUGUAUGAUACAAUUAACGUUUU